GCGCAGAGAGUGCGCACAGCUGACGCGCUCCUGCCAUGUGAGUGACGUAUUUCCGGUGGGAAAAGUGAAGCGUGUUAUAUGGACACUGCGCGCGCUCACGCUGUAUUCUGCAUGCUCCUGUUCAGUCUGUAAUUUUUUUCCCCCUACUUGUCGGUUUGUCAGAUGUCCUCGCGCGCACCGGAAGUGUCCCGGAGCUGUUGGAGUUGUCGGCUGCUCUCGGGGGGUGCGCUGCUCUUUUCCGCGGGGUUUGUGUACCGGAGCGCGCACACGUCCUUGCAUCGAGGAGCACGCGCGUCUGUGGGCACCGCACUGCAACUCGCCUUCGCUGCAGGUUUGGCAGUGUGGGGGAUUGUGGUCAUCAUCGAUCCAGUGAAUAAAAACCCGCAGAAAUCAACAGGAACAUGACGAAGAGCGGAAUUAUGGGACAUGUGCAGUAUCGAUGAACUGUGUGAUGAAACGUGAUAAUGCAAUAAAUAUGAUAAAUAAUAAAUGUGUUCUGUGUUUAAACUGCAGUGUUUAUUAGUUAGUAGCAGUUUUAAUAAACACUGCGUGAGGAUCAGUGAUGAUCCUUUACACUCAACUGUAUGAGGAUGUCAUCACGAGAGUGACACACACACACACACAUACAUGCACAUACCGAAAACUGUGUAUAAAACUGUAAUGACCUCCAUGUGGAUGUGUUUUUUGUUUUGUUUUGAAUUGGAAUGUAUUUACAGUUUGGAGUGAAGCUGCUCCCUGAUGAUGAAUGUGUAUUUAUUAAAAAUUACUGAGACAAUUCCCAAUAUGAUAAAUAUUUUUUAAGUUUUCAUACGGAGAUGAAAUGUGAAGCAAUUUAACAGUAUAUUCUGACAUUAAAAUGCAUAAAGAAACAAAA